AUUGUCGUCCCCCUUUCUGUCUCACCCGAUACUUGGUUCCUGUAUUGCGAAAUGCUUGUAGACUGGACAAGCUUCUUCUUUAACUAUGCGGUCAAUUGUGGGUUUAAUUGUUGUAAUUACCGCCGCUACUUUCUACCUGUACAUUCUGUCUUCUUACCUUCCGACCGGACCUCGACAACUCCGACCCAAAGCGACGGAGAACGAACAAACGUCUGACAGCGACACGAACCAGGACAGAGGCGAAUUCAAAGAACACAGGCUGAAGUUCCCCUCAGACCUGGUAGAGCUGAGGGAUCUGGCAGAGCUGCUACAGUACUACAAGACAGAACACACUGGAUACGUCCUGCUUCUCUUCUGUAGCGCCUAUCUCUACAAGCAGUCCUUCGCCAUUCCUGGCUCCUCCUUCCUGAACAUUCUAGCGGGUGCUCUGUUUGGGCCAUGGCAGGGUUUGGUGCUAGCCUGUGUUCUGACCACUGUGGGCUCCACCAUGUGUUACCUCCUCUCCCAGGCCUUUGGUAAGCGCUACAUCACAUCCCUGUUCCCUGGCCAGGUCUCCAUGCUGCAGAGAAAGGUGGAAGAGAACCAGUCCUGUCUGUUGUUCUUCCUCCUCUUCCUCAGGUUCUUCCCCAUGACCCCUAACUGGUUCCUCAACAUGUCCGCCCCCAUCGUCAACAUCCCUGUCACGUUCUUCUUCUUUUCCGUCUUCAUCGGCCUGAUCCCAUAUAACUUCAUCUGUGUCCAGACCGGCUCCAUGCUGUCUGAGGUGUCCUCUCUGGAUGACCUGUUCUCCUGGGGCAAAGUGCUACAGCUGCUGGGCAUAGCCUGUGUGGCUCUGCUUCCCGGGACCCUUAUCAAACACUACAGCCAGACACACCUCAAACUGGACGGCGUGGAGGAGAACAAUGGAGUCAACAAGAAGACUCAGUGAGGAGCGUGCAAAGGGUCUCCCAGUCCUGUGGAAAUAUCAACAAGUAGAGGAGGAAAUUGUAGGAUUUGGAGUACCUUUGUUGGUAAGACUCAGUGAGCGUUCUGGGUCGGCCUGUACAUAUUCCUGUCAGUGGGCUGGAUACAGGAGGAAACAUGAUCACAAAAAGGUUGCCGAACACAUGUAUUCCGUGUGAGAGAGAUGGGAACUGAGGGUUCGGUGACCUCACAGCAGAAGGGAGAUGUGGAAGUCUGUGUGUGUGUGUGUGUGUGUAUGUUAAGAGAUUGUAUGGACCGAGUCUACGUCUGUGAAAAGGUAUUUUUAAGCCUUUUAGUGCUUUUAUGGGUGAAGGGAGAAGAUAUAUUAAUUAAAAUCAUUGUGUUGAUGUUCUUGUUCGAUGAAGAUGCAUAUUUUUUGUUGUUGUUGGAUAGACUACAUUCUGUUGUUGUUGGUACUGAUACACACGUACCUUUUUAGAGAAGCGGCCUGUGUUUCUGUUUUAAACAGCAAGCUACCUCAAAGCAGAAAAGGAUGUCGUGGGAAGACAAUUGUAGGGAGGGAAAGGCGAGGGAAAGGUGAGAGGUGUAUGGGUUUUGGCAUGUGUGUUAUUACAUAGGGGAUUGAUUGUUUUUUUUUUUUUAAACAGAUUUUUCUGAAUCGUUACACCUGUAUUUUAUUGAAACAAUCUUUUUACUACUGCCUAUCAAUAAGGGCUGGAUUCAUCUGUAUCGCUGAAGUUCAGAGUUAGUGUGAUUGAAAUUUAAAGGCAAUGUUCCCGUGUUACAUUUUUACAUUUUAGUCAUUUAGCAGACGCUCUUAUCCAGAGCGACUUACAGUAGAGAAUGCAUACAUUUCAUUUCAUGCAUUUUUGUAAUUUUUUUUGUACUGGCCCCCAGUGGGAAUCGAACCCACAACCCUGGCGUUGCACACACCAUGCUCUACCAACUGAGCCACAGCAAAAAAUGCAUUCACGGUAAAUGCUGCAUAUGUCAGUUGGAAAUGACCUUUUAAAUUCAGAUUUUGCUCUAGAUAUUUAGAUCUGUAAAGCUUCAGUGAGUCCUAAUAGAAUUGUCACCUUGAUUGAAUGUUUGUUUAAAUACAAGGGUUUCCUUUUUUUAAUUGUCAACAAGUUAUCAAUUGUGAGAAAUGUGUAUUUAAAAAAAAAUCUUUUGUCACUUUCAAAAUGUAAAUGUUUUCUGUCUGGAUAUCUUAUUUGUCAAUAAAAAUAACAUGUAAACAACACAA